CUCAGCACUACACCCCAGCAGGCCGGACGACGACAAGGAAUUUAUUUAUAUUUAUUUAAAUAUAGUGGAAAAGCGGAGGGACGUAAGCAGUAACGUAACAACGGGUCAAGCGGCUGAGAUAACAGCAAAAAUGGCAAGCAAAUGCAUAAUCCUGCUCCUGUUGAUGGGCCCCUACCUCGUGGCUGCUCAAUCCUAUUACCGGGGGACAUACGCCGUCAACCUCGCAUCGCGAUUUGGAGGAGCAGUCGCGUCUCCGUCAACGGCCAGAGCUCAGGGGCAAGUCCUGCCGCAGACCCAGGGCCCGCCAGACAACCAACGGCCACUGGAGGAGGUCCAGCCGCCGGGAAACAGCCAGGAGAGACAGCCCCAAAAUCCCAACAGCCAGAUACCGCCCCAGAGACAGCCGGCCAAUGUGCUGGGUGCCAAUGAGGUGCCGCUGCCCACGGUCUCCAACAGUCCCACGCGACCUCCGGCCAAGCAAAGCUUCAAGGAUCGCUUCAGCUCGAAGCUCUUCCAGCCGAUCGCCAGCAGAUCGCAGAGACAGAAUUUGGUCUUCUCGCCAGUAUCGGUGCACGCGCUGCUCGGCAUGAUCUAUGGGGCCUCCGAGGGCCGGACCGCCCAGGAGCUGCAGCAGGCAGGAGAAUUCGGCCCCGAUCCGCAGGCCGUGGGGCAGGACUUCCGACAGCUGAUCAAGCAGCGGCGGCAGCUGCAGAGCGCGGAGCUGACCAUGGCCAGCCGGAUGUUCUACAACAAGAAUAUGGGGGGUAUCAAUCAUGACUACCCGGAGUACGCCGAAUACUACUAUUCCUCGGGCAUUGAGCCCGUCGAUAUGGGCCGCUCCAGGGAGACGGCUGGCUGGAUAAACGCCUGGGUGUCGGACAAGACUCGAAACAAGAUUCGGGAACUAGUCACCCCCAGCGACAUCGAUGGCCAGACGGAGGCGAUGCUGGUGAACGCCAUUUACUUCAAGGCCCGCUGGGCCACCGAGUUCUCCGCCACGGAUACGAUUUCCGGCAAGUUCCGGCGUGGAAGCGGCGCCCCCAGCAACGUGGCCAUGAUGUUCAAUGACGACGUGUUCGGCUAUGCGGAUCUCCCGGACCUUGGCGCCACUGCCCUGGAGAUGCCCUACGCCGACAGUGAGGUCAGCAUGCUGAUCCUCCUCCCCUACCAAGUGGAUGGCCUGGCCCAGCUCGAGCAGCAACUGGCCCGUCCCCAGAACGAUCUCAACAGGAUUGCGGCGCGCCUGCGCCAGGAGACGGUGACCAUUAGGAUCCCCAAGUUCCGCAUCCAGUUCGAACAGGACAUGACGGAGCCCCUGCAGCAGCUCGGCGUCCGCGAGAUGUUCACACGCAGCUCUCAGGUCACAAAAAUGCUGGACCGCCCCGUGCGGGUGUCCAAAAUCCUGCAGAAGGCCUUCCUCAACGUGAACGAGGCAGGAUCCGAGGCAGCGGCAGCUUCAUAUGCCAAGUUCGUGCCACUCUCUCUGCCCGUCAAGUCGCGGGAGUUCAAUGCCGAUCAUCCGUUCGUCUUUGCCCUCCGCACUCCCGACUCGGUGCUCUUCAUCGGCCACGUGCUGCAGCCCACGGCGAUGGCCUAAGAUGGCCCCCCUCGCACUCUACGCGACUCCCCUCACUCAAUCCUGCGACACACUAUAGGCUAGAGAACGAUGCAUUUGUGAAACAUAUAAUAAAGUGAAUAAUACUCAUA